AUGUUUUCACAUCUUUCCUUUGACUGUGUCCUGCUGCUGCUGCUGCUUCUACCUAUAAGGUCUUUGGAAGAUGAAUACACAGUGGAAGUGGGUCGGAAUGCCUAUCUGCCCUGCUCCUACACUCCUACCACCCCAGGGCAUCUCAUACCUGUGUGCUGGGGCAAGGGAGCCUGUCCCAUGCUUGGAUGUACCACUGAGGUGCUCAUCACUGAUGAAAGGAACGUGACUUAUCAGGCAUCCAGCAGAUACUGGCUAAAGGGGAAUUUCCACAAAGGAGAUGUGUCCCUGAUCAUAGAGAAUGUGACCCUAGCAGACAGUGGGACCUAUUGCUGCCGGAUCCAGGUCCCAGGCCCAAUGAAUGACAAAAAAUUUGACCUGAAGUUGGUCAUCAAACCAGCCAAGGUCACCCCUGCUCCGACUCUGCAGAGACACGUUACUGUGGCCUUUCCAAGGAUGCCCACCACCAGCGGGGGACGUGACUCAGAAACACAGACACUGGGGAUCCUCCAUGAUAAAAAUCAAACACAAAUAUCCACAUUGGCUAAUGAAUUACAAGACUCUGGAGUGUCCACCAGAAUAGCUGUCUACAUUGGAGCAGGAAUCUCUGCUGGACUGGCUCUCGCUCUUAUCUUUGGUGCUUUAAUUUUCAAAUGGUAUUAUGAGGGUAUAAACAUUUUGGUUACGUUUUAUGUCUUUGCCUCACCCAAGCGAGGCCUCAUCUCUUUUGCCAGCUUCGCCCCGUCAGGGCUAGAAAAUGCAGUAGCAGCGGGGAUGCGCUCAGAAGAAAACAUCUACACCAUCGAGGAGAACGUAUAUGAAAUGGAGGAUCCAAAUGAGUAUUACUGCUCCAUUCAGCCGUGAGCAGCAAUCCCGAC